CCCCACCUCCCGCCGGGUCCGCCGAGCGCCGGGCAGCCCCGCCAUGAGCGCGGAGUGCAGCAGUUACCUCAGCGCCGAGAAGGUGCUGGUCAGCGGCUUCAGCUGCCCGCGGGCGGGCGGCGACGCCCGCGCCGUGUACUGCUGCGGCUUCCAGGACGUCAAGUACUGCUGCGAUGACCCCCACAGCUUCUUCCCCUACGAGCACAGCUACAUGUGGUGGCUCAGUGUUGGAGCACUUGUGGGCCUGUCGAUAGCAGCAGUGGUCCUCUGUGCUUUUAUCAUCACUGUGUGUGUUCUCUGUUACUUGUUCAUCAGCACAAAGCCACGCAGCAAAAUGGAUACUGGUUUAAGCUUACAGAUGGCAGAUACAGAGCUGCAUCCUUCACGAGGCGCCCACUGAAACAAGCUGUUGACAAAGCCAAGUAGCUUAAAGAGAUUUCCUGUGCCACAAGAAUGAACUGUGACUGUGAGCCACAAGAACCUGACUCACUCUUCCAGAGGUUUCCUGACAAUUGCAACCACUGUUGAUAAGAAGAGGCCAAUCUGAAGCUGUGCCAGGAUUAUGUAUUUGUGUAUGGCUACUGUACUGAGAAGUAGGAUACUUUGAUUUGCAUGUAACAGCUACUGCUGCCAGUCAUUGUCAUGCAAACUGUUCUCUUUACCCAUGCAAUUCCAGUGAGAUAAUACAGUUGUCAGGCAGAGCAGAAUUUGGCAGGCCACAUUGACCAAGCUUUAUUUUAAGCUUUCCCUGUGACACCUUAAUGUAGUGUCUUCAUGUCAUGAUUAUGGUGGUCUUUACGCAAAUGUGAUUGUUCAGUACAUAAACAUGUGACUGCAGUACCUCAAUAAAAUCUGGCAUUUGUGUUGCA